AUUAUUGUUGGAUCAGUUAAGUGAUGGCCGAACAAUCAGUUUCAGCUAAUGAUAAAAUGACUAAUGUCGACAAAGAGUUAUAUCCAGAGAUGUAUUAUCUGAUGAAUGCGGAUGAAUGUGAUGUCCAGUUCGUUAUCGAUGGCCAAACAGUACCGUCGGUUAAACUGUUGAUGUGUAUGAAGAGUGAAGUAUUUCGGGCAAUGUUUUCGGGUAAUUGGCGAGAAUCGGGUGGCAAUGAUGAUGAAGAAACUGAUGAUAAGGACAGUAAGAUUGAGAUCCGGGACACGACUCCCGCGGCGUUUAAAGUGAUGAUUGGUUUCAUAUAUACCGAACAUUUGAUGUUCAGCGACGACAACAAAGACUUUGAACACAUCCGGGAUGUCCUGAAACUCGCCGAUAGAUAUCAAUUGAAACGUUUGAUGACGAGUAUUGGCAAACAUUUAAAAUCAAUCUUAACGUUGGAUACGAUUGAACUGAUCGGCCGAUUGGCAUUUGAUUAUCAAUUGGAUAAACUGAUUGCCCGAUUGAAUAUAUUUAUUGACCAAAAUUUCAAGCAAUUGAUGGCCAAACCGGAGACGGAGUUGAAUGCUAUCAAUACGGCUGUCAAUAAUCUAGUGUUUGAAAAGUUGUUACCAUAUUAUCGAUCAUUUCAUACGAUGGUAGAGUUUGCGCCACCAAAGAGAGACAAUAGUAACCUAUUUUAUAGAUUUCAAAUCAAUGGACAAAAAUAUAAUCCCUGUGCUUUAUAA